AUGGUGCUAUACUUUACCAGCAAUGCCGCCAAUCCGCCAGCAAUCAUAUACAUGGGAAAGGACAAAUUUGAAAACGAAGACCUUAUCAAAUAUGGUUUUCCCGAAGACGUCUGGUACGAUACCUUUUUUUCAUUCGACAUAUGGCCAUUUCACGUAGAUAAAUUGUCGAGUGCUCACGUCUACCUUCGACUUCAACCAGGAGAAAGCUGGGCCAAUAUUCCUCAAGACCUUUUAGACGAUUGCGCUCAACUGGUCAAGGCAAACAGUAUUGAAGGAAAUAAGAAGAACGAUAUCACUAUUAUUUAUACGCCUUGGGCCAAUCUCAAGAAAACAGAAGGCAUGGAUACUGGUCAAGUCACUUUCCACAAUAAUAAGCAGGUCAAGCGCGUGUAUGUGGAAAAGAGAGCGAAUGAAAUCGUCAACCGAUUGAACAAAACCAAGGUCGAGAAAUUUCCUGAUUUGGCACAAGAAAAGAUUCAAAGGGAUAAGUUGGACAGACAAGCAUCGCGCCAAAAAGAUUUGCAACAGGUAAAACAAAACAAAAUACAUGAGUGGUUAUUCCCAUAA